AUGUUUUCUCGUGCUAUUCGUCCGGCCGUGAAGGCUGGCAGUGCCACUCUGACCCGCACUGCUCCCCCCAAUGCCGCCAACUUCGCGACUCUGCGUGAGAUUGAGGGCCGCCUCAAGUCCAUCAAGAACAUCGAGAAGAUCACCAACACGAUGAAGAUUGUUGCCUCGACCCGUCUUACCCGCGCUCAGAAGGCUAUGGACGAAUCUCGCGUCUACGGUCAGACCUCCAACAAGGUCUUCGAGGAAGCCGAAACCAAGCCCCUUGAGGACAAGAAGACCCUGCUCGUCGUUGCCAGCUCCGACAAGGGUCUUUGCGGUGGUAUUCACUCGGGUCUCAGCAAGGCCACUCGCCGUAUCCUCCAGCAAAUCCCCAACGCCGACAUCGUCGUUCUCGGCGACAAGGCCAAGGCCCAGCUGUCCAGAUCCAGCGGUGACCUUCUCGUCCUGAGCUUUGCCAACGUUUGCAAGGACAUUCCUACCUUCGCUGAAGCCCAGGCCAUUGCCGAUCAGAUCUCUCUGCUGCCUACCGAUUACGCUAGCAUCAAGAUCAUUUACAACAAGUUCAUCAACGCUCAGAGCUACGAGGCCAGCACUGUUGAGGCCUACUCCGAGGAGGCCAUUACCAAGUCUGCCAACCUCUCCACUUUCGAGGUCGACGAAUCUGCUCUUGCCAACCUUCGCGAAUUCGCCCUUGCCAACAGCUUGUACUGGGCUAUGGCUGAGGGUCACGCCUGUGAAGUUUCUAACGCCUCCAAGAACGCUGGUGAGAUGAUCAACAAGUUCCAGAUUCUGUACAACCGUCAGCGUCAAGCCGUCAUUACCAACGAACUGGUCGAAAUUAUCACCGGUGCCACUGCCAGUGAGGACAUGUAG